CUCGUUUUGCCCCAGCAAUCGUACCGUUUCUCCCGGCGAGUAAAGUUAUGUUUUCAGUCCUAUUGCUUAUUGUCUGGAAGAUUGUAAAAUGUCAUGACCACAAACGAUUGGUUCUGGUACGUAGAAGCCGUUCAUACGGAGUAGCUUAGCGAGGAGGAAUCAUGAUGUUAAGAAGACGGCUGAUAACUUCAGAACGAACGAUUUCGUCGCCGUUGUGUGUUAACAAGUAGAAAGCGGUUGGUUCUGGUAGAAGAAGCUUCUGAGCAGGAGUGCGAGAGAGGAAGAGAAGAACAGUUGAUGGCGAAACCGGGCACGAAAUGCGAUGUGGGAAAUCGACGGCGAGAGAGUUCCGAGACAGGAACUCCGGCGAAAGAAGGUCCCAGCAGACGGUAUAGGCAGGCAGCACGCUCCGCGGAGUCCAACUUGAUUGUCGAUGAAGAUGAGGUUCCAGGUGAGUUUAGACAAGGGGAGACGAGCGGCAUUAGGGCUAGAAAGGCCUCUGGAACAGCGGAAUGCGCUGAUGGAGAUCGGAAUCAUGAGGAGAAGGAGAGUGGUACGAUGGCAAUCGAUCAAGGCGGCGAGAACGGGAUCGAGACCGUGGAAGGAGCAUGUGGGAAUGGCGGCGAGGGAGUGAAAGAGACGGUGGAUGGGGGAAAAGAGGAAGUUGAAGAGAGUAGUUUGAAGGUUUAUAGGAGAAGGGGGAGGAAGGGGUUGGAAGAAAUUGAGGUUUCAUUUAAGAAAAAACCGCGGGGGAGGAGUAAUACGAAGGCUGGAAAGGCCUCUAAAACUGGGGAAGUUCGUGAAGUUCGUCCUCUAUGGAAGAAAGUGUAUGGAGAUCUAGAUUGUGCGAGGAAUCGUGAGUUUACCCAGAACUACUGUCUGAUGUGCCAUCAAUGCAAAAGGAAUGAUAAAGGUGGUGUUGUUCGCUGCAGCAAAUGUAAAACCAAGAGAUACUGCUUCCCUUGCUUAUCAAAUUGGUACCCUAAGUUGACGCAUGAAGAGGUUGCAGCUGCCUGUCCGUUUUGCUGUAACAACUGCAAUUGUAAAGCUUGCUUGCGUAGGGAUCUCCAAGCAGAGGAACUGCGGUCACUGUUGAAACUGGAACUUACUGUAGAUGAAAGCAGACGACAUGCUGAAUUCAUCUUACAAUCAAUUUUGCCUUUCUUGAAGCAAAUAGACGAGGAGCAGUUAAUGGAGAGAAAGAUUGAUGCAGGAAUCCUAGGGGUGCCAAUUGAAGAUUUAUAUGCAGAAAAAGCUGAAUGGUCUGCAAACGAGCGCAUCAUCUACUGUGACAUCUGCAAGACUACUAUUUUCGACUACCAUAGACAUUGUUUGGAAUGUGAAUCUAAUAUUUGCCUUUCCUGCUGCCGUGAGAUCCGUGAUGAUAAUCUUCGUGGCAAUGUGGCAAGUGUGGAUAUAAAAUACAUUGAUAGAGGAUUUGACUACUUACACGGUUGUGCAUGCGAUGUUAGUACGCGUAGAAAUGCACGUCAUGUUAUAGUGCCUGGUGAGGUAUGUUCGGAGGAACCUCUUGCUCCGAAACCAAAAACUUCCUGGAAAGCAAAUAGUGAUGGUACCAUUGCUUGUGCCUGUGGUUCUGGCACUUUAAAACUCCAAACUCUGUUUUCUGGUAAUUGGGUUUCCAAGCUGGUGGAGAGAGCAGACAGUGUUGUUAAAGGACUCGAGAUUGAUUUGGCUAGGCCUUCUUCCAGUGGUCAAUGUGCCUGCUGUAAUUCUAGCGGGGAUCCUGAAGUGAAACACGAUAGGUUAAUGAAGGCUUCAUCCCGUGAAGGAUCAAGUGAUAAUUACUUGUUCUAUCCAAAUGCUAAUGAUUUGACAGAAGAAGGAUUUGAGCAUUUUCGCCAACAUUGGAUGAAGGCUGAACCCGUACUUGUUAGCAAUGUGCUUGAAACUGGAUCUGGCCUAAGCUGGGAGCCUAUGGUCAUGUGGCGUGCUUUCCGCCAAAUAAAAAAUGAAAAUUAUGACACAUUCUUGGAGCUGAAGACGCUUGAUUGUUUGGACUGGUGUGAGGUGGAUAUUAAGGUUCACAAGUUCUUUGAAGGAUAUUCCAAGGGGGAAUUUGAUUCUAUGGGGUGGCCUCGGAUAUUGAAGUUAAAUGACUGGCCACCGUCUGCUAUGUUCCAUGAACGUUUGCCACGACAUGGUGCUGAGUACACCUGUUGUUUGCCCAUUAAGGAGUACACUCAUCUUGCGGAUGGGCCUCUGAAUCUUGCAGCCAAACUUCCUAAGAAUAGUUUGAAGCCAGAUAUGGGGCCAAAGACAUAUAUAGCUUAUGGGUUUCCCCAAGAGCUUGGCCGUGGAGAUUCUGUGACGAAGCUCCACUGCAACAUGUCUGAUGCGGUAAAUAUUUUGGCACACACAGAAGAGACUGCCUAUAAAAGCUUCAAACUUGCUACAUUAAAUGCAUUGAAAAAGAAGCACUUUGAGCACGACAGAAGAGAAUUAUUAGGUAUUGGCAAAGCUUUGAACGCCAUAGACGAAGCUGAGAAUGAUGGCAACAAUAAAGUUAACCACGAAAUUCCGUAUGAGAAUACUUAUUCCGAGGAAUCGGAAUUGAACUCUUCGGAGGGCCAAGUGGAAAGGAUCAAGUGCGAUGAAGGGUCCAACAGUUCGGAAUCAAGAGUGAAAAAUCAUUGUCCUGAGGAAUCAAAACUGAACAAUUUGGAGAUGCAUGUCGAAAGGACCAAGUCUCGUGGUGCGCUUAAUAGUUCAGAGACGGGAGUGGAAAGGACUGAGUGUGGUGUUGAAGCUUCAAGCAGUUCCAAGACCAAAUUAGAAAGAACCAAGUGUGGCGAGUUGCCAAAUAGUUUAGUAGGGGGAGGUGCUCUAUGGGAUAUCUUUCGAAGAGAAGAUGUUCCCAAACUGCAGGAAUAUCUUCUCAAGCACUUCAAGGAAUUUAGGCACAUUCAUUGCUCCCCAUGGCCUGAGGUCAUCCAUCCCAUACAUGAUGAAACCUUUUAUUUGACCGAGGAACAUAAAAGGAAGCUGAAGAAAGAAUAUGGUGUUGAACCAUGGACUUUCAUCCAGAAACUUGGUGAUGCCGUCUUUAUCCCUGCUGGCUGUCCUUAUCAAGUGAGAAAUUUGAAGUCGUGCAUCCAGGUAGCAUCCCAUUUUGUCUCCCCUGAAAACGUUGGAGAGUGCAUUCGUCUGACAGAGGAGUUCCGUCUUCUUCCACUGAACCACCAUUCGAAGGAAGACAAGUUGCAGGUGAAGAAAAUGUGUCUAUAUGCUAUGGAGUGGGCACUGAAAAUUCUGCUCCCUCGGGAAGAAACACUAGUAGAUGAAGAAGACUCGGAAAAGGAAGAAUAUCAAUCAAAGAAACGAAAGAAGGCGGGAUCCAUGCCUUCAGCGAAGAGGAGGAAGAAACCCAAGAAGUCCAAGCAAUAACAAGUCUGGCUUCGCGUUAUAUUCUCCGAUUCUCGGUCCAGCUUUCAGUCUCAGUACUUACAACAAGUGAGUCCCUCUCUCUGUUCCCAGGCAGCUACGCCAUUUUGUCGGUGUCGCUUUUGGGCAACAGAUCAUAAUAAGAGUUGGCUAUGGACUGGGAGCUAAGUAUAAGAUACUUGCAGACCAGAGACUGAUAAUGUACAGUCUGUAACAUGUUACGUUACGCUUACCCCUGACUAGGUACGCCACUGCUGUUUAUAUGUCGAAAACGAUGGCGUUUUGGAUGCAUAGUUCUUACAUAUGAUCUGAUGUUCUAACCAGAAACCAAAAGGUUGCACAGUUUUCAUGAGUUGUAACAGAUCAGAAAAGCUAGGGGGAUCUAAUACUUCAUGGCAGGAGUCAAGUUGUUGGCUCCUGCGCAACUGUCUUAUUGGUUGGCAUUUCUUGCUUUUCAAAUGCUGUUUUUCUUCUACUCACAAGAAAAGCUUCUUCCC